AUGGGCAUAACUGGAAAGGGCUCAAGGGAGACAGUUUCAAAGGCCACUCCCAUUAACCUCCAUGUCAACGCGGAGAGCAGCGACGCCCGCUGCCUCGCGCUGCAGGUAGGACUCCGGAAGAGCCAUGCUAACCAUAAGGAAGAGGGUACAUGUUUUAUAGGGAGUAAGAGACUGAUAACACAGAAUCACCCCCAGACCAAGUGCCUUCAAAGCAUCCUGAAAGAAGUAGAGCUCAUCCGGAGCUCCAGGGACGGACAAAUUGAAGAAGCAAUUAAGUUCAAUGAGGAAUUGGAAAGAGAGCUGAAGAGCUCCAGGGAAGCUCUAGCCAACCUGGAAGACUGCAACCGUACUCUGAAGAGGGAACAAGCUGAGAUGAGGAAGAAGGUUGAAGAAGCCAGACACGCAGUCCUUAACAGUCUUGGCAAAGUGAAGGAGCUAGAAGUGAAAGCUAAUGAAGUGCCACAUUUGCAAAAGUAUAUUCAGCAGCUAGAAUCAGAACUGCAGCAUUAUAGAUCAGAAAUGCCAAAAUUUCAGCUCCCUUCAAGAAGCAGCCCAGAGCAGAAAGAAGGAACAGCUUCACUGGAUGGAAGAUACUGCGUAUCUGCUAUGCAACAAGAUCGAAGAUCUCCCACUGGUGGAUCCAAGAUUUCAGAGAAUGCCGAGGAGCAGAUGUUCCGGUCAGUGGAGGGCCAGGCCGCCUCCGACGAAGAGGAGGAGAAGUGGACAGGAGACCAACAAUCCCAAGUGGCCAAAGUGAAGAAAAUACUGGCCCAGCUCCCUUGCUGUGGCACUGGAUGUGAUGAAAAAAUGCGGAAAAAGCUGAUGUCUUAUUUUGAGAACACCACAACUGAAAACUACCAAACAGCAUCUGUGGAGCUAGCGGAGAGAAUCACACAGCUAACUGAGCAGCUUGAGCUCAAAGGGCAUGAAGUGAAAAAAAUGGAAACAAAUAUGGAAGAGAUGAAAGGUCCAUUGCUAGGUGAACUGCAGCAAAAGGUGGAAGAGACCGAAUUGUUGAAGAUGGAGCUACAGAUGUUGGAGACUGAGAGAGUUAGGCUGUCACUGGUGGAAGAGAAGUUCAUGGAUGUUUUACAGCUUCUUCAACAACUUCGAGACUUGAAUAUAUCUAAGCGAGCCCUGGGGAAAAUCUUGCUGAGCACUUUGGAAUCCUGUCGUGAUCCCCGAAAUGGAAAAGCCCACCUUUUUGAAGUCCUAGAUACUCUUCACCAUGAGCUGACUGCGUGCGAGCUCUUGCAGAGCCAUCCCCUGGGGCAGGCACAGGAUUGCCGGGCCCUGGCUAACCCGCUGCUCAUCUCGUGCUGA